CGAUAAUCGGUACUCGGACUACUUGGUAAUUUGCGAUAGUCAAUUAGUCAGUAGUGUCGAUUGUCGAUCUGCUCGGUAUUGGCAGGUGUUGGUAGAUAAUCUGCUGUAAUCAGCAUAAUAAGGCAGAUUACGGACGAACAAAUGUUUUCGAAGCCCUUGGCACACGUUGAGUGAUGUUCUAGUUCAAACAUCGUCGCUGAGAAGAAAACGAACAAGAUGAAUGCAACAGUAGACGGUAAAAGAGCACAGGAUCUUCCACCAAAAGGAGGCUAUGCUCCCAUACAAACGGAAAGGAUAAAAUUACGCAGCAUUCUCGGCGCUAGAAGCACAAUUGCGCUUUUCCUAGCCAGCACGUUCGGCGGAAUAUAUGGCUACUAUCUAAGUUUCAAACAAGUUAGACGUCAACAGAUUGAGAUGAGAAGUGCACGCUGGGCUAUAUUUCCAGCAUUGAUAGCGGAACGAGAUAGAGCUGUCUUGAAACAAAUGAGACGUAAUCGCGACAUCGAGGCAGAAUUGAUGAAAAAUGUCGAAGGAUGGGAAGUGGGAACAUAUUAUGGGGAGCCGAUAUUCUUUUUGGACGAUCCAAACCAGUAUAGAGAUCCAAUUUUCUUUGAACAUUUUGCACAUUCUGAUCCAGAAACAUAUUGCGAACGAGUUGAGCGUCAUAUCUGGACGUAAAAUAUUAGUUUGGCAUUCAGAUUCUGAUCAGUUGUGGAUCUGGUAAUGCGACAAAAUCGGAAAGUAGUGUUAAUAAUGAGUAUAAUUAUUGCAAGUCAUAAUUAUGAAUAAUAUUUUGAAAUUAUAGGUUACAAUAAAGUCGUAAU